GGCGGGCCCAAACAGCUCCGAGCUGUUCCCGGCCGCAUCGGUACUCAACAUUCAACACCAACCCCCUCCUGGCCGAGGCUCCUCAGACCGGCCAUGCAGUCCAUGCCAUUACUGCUCCGGCAGUCACUCCGGUCGAGUCUACACAUCACACGAUCGACAUCGAGACCGGUGCAAGCGCAAUUCCGCCCGACGGCGCCGAGCACUUUUGCCGUUGGACCGACGCCGCGGAACUUCUCUGUCUGCCUCCAAUGCCGGUUCCGCCAGCCUUCGGGGCUCUAUUCUACACACAACGACAAGGGCGAGGCGGACAAUGACGCGGAGAGGCUACACCAGGCUGUGAGGGAGGCUACUAGCCCCGACGCGACCUCCAUCCCGGAAGCGGUUGCUAGAGGCCCUCCGCUAGACACCUCGGCGGCGGAGGUUGACCGUGCUGCGGAGCAGGGUGCGCCUAAGGAGCCUGAGCAGGAACCUCUAUAUAAAACAGAGUCGGGACAAACGAAGGAACAAGGUGCCGGUGGGGAUGGCGUUCGAAGUGGUGGACUGCCGUCCUACCUGGAGAGUCGCCGGUCGAAGCUGUCGAAGCAAUUCACCACUAUGAUGGAUAACAUCCAGUCCAAUGUCUUUGUGGCUGGACAACGGUUGAACGAUCUAACGGGAUACUCCGGGAUCGAAGCUCUGAAGAACGAGAUUCACAGCCAAGAGGAGCGGCUCCGUGCGGCCCGGUCAAAUGUCCGCAAGGCUAAGGACGAGUACACUGCGGCCAUCAAUCGCCGUUCGACCUCGCAGCGUGAAGUCAACGAGCUUCUUCAACGCAAGCAUGCUUGGUCCCCGACCGAUUUGGAACGAUUCACACUCCUCUACCGCAACGAUCACACCAACGAGGUCGCCGAAACAGAGACACAGGAAGCUCUAUCUGCCGCUGAGCGUGAAGCUGAAGAGGCGGCCGCUUCGCUGAGCAAGAGCAUUUUGUCCCGCUACCACGAGGAGCAGGUCUGGUCCGAUAAGAUCCGUCGCAUGAGUACAUGGGGUACCUGGGGCCUUAUGGGCGUGAACGUUCUGCUCUUCUUGAUUUUCCAGAUUGCUGUGGAACCAUGGCGCCGGCGCCGACUGGUCAAGGGCUUCGAGGACAAGGUUGUCGAGGCUAUCGAGAAGGAGAAAGCGCUUGCCCGGAUCGAAGCGGCUGAAGGUGCUGUCUCUGUCCCGACGGCCGUCGCUUCAGCUGUGCCUGGGCAGAUUGACUCAAGCAUCGAGUCAUCCCUCUCGAGACUGGAGUCCCCCACAAACACGCCGGAGAAGCCUACUGCUGCCGCUAUCACGGAGACUACCGUCAAGCCAACUACUGAAGCAUCUCCUACACCUGCCCCCGAGUCCCUCUAUUCCCGCCUCUCUAAUAUCUCACACUCACCCCUGUCCUUAGAAUAUUGGCAAGGAGCUCUGAACGAGCUCUUCAACGAGCGCAGCGUUGCUAUUUCCCAACGCGAUCUUACAGUGGCUGCCAUGCAGAGCGCUGCAGCCGGUGCGGCCGUGAUGAGCCUGUUGAUUGCUUUGGUGGGGUCCCGGUAA